AUUGAGUUUGUUUCUCUUUGAAAGCAGAAACACCAGCGGAAGUUUGUCGCCGUCCACAUCCGUCGAGUCCCAUAGAAUUCACUCACGAAUUCACAUUUCUGGAUUGAGUUUGAAUUGACAAUUGAAAUACCGAAGAACUCAUUUUUGACGAAUUGACAUUUGGAACCAUUCCAAAAUUUCAAGAAUUUGUCGAAUCUCAAAUAGUUUAUUAAUCAAGUUCUUCACAUUACUCUGAUAACGACUAAUUGAUAAAGUAGAAGCCCUGCCGUUGAAUUGAAGAAUACUAAGAAUUCAUCUAUUGCUACUAUUCUGCUCUAUUGCUAAAUAAUCAUAUUAAUUGUAUAAGUGACCUAUCCCUUCCAGCAAUACCCGCAGAAUGUCUGAGACUGUCAGCGACACUCCAGCUAAGCAAUCCCGGUUGAAGAAGUUGACUUCCGGCUCGUCAUGGGUCUCUCCAUUCCGGAGCGGUUCCGACAAGGACAAGAAGACUAGCGCCUUGAAGCAGUACAAGGAGUCCAACAAGCUUGAGCAUAUCAAGGUUCCUACCAAGUUUACUGUCCAUCCUACGUUAGAGGCCGAAAAAAAGAGAUUGGCCGAGGAAAAGAAAGCUGAAGAAGAAAAGGAAGCCGAAGAAAAGGAAGCCGAAGACAAGGUAGCUGCUGAUGGAGAAGCAGACGAGGAGGCAGAUGGAGAAGACGCAGAGGCUGACGCAGACAAGGAAGUAAAGGAACCUGUUGAAGAAGGUGAACCUGAAGCUGAAGUUGAUGGUGCAAACGAAGAAGAAGUUGCUGAAGAAGUUGAACCAGAAACUGAAGCUGAGGUUGUUGAACCAGAAACAGAGGCUACUGAAGCUAAGACAGUUGAACAAGAUGCUGAAGCCGAAUUACCAGAAGUUGAACCGGAAACGGAGGCUGCUGAAGCUGAAGCUGAUGAAAUCGCUGAGGAACCUGUUGCUGAAGCCAAGAAGGCAUUUGAACCCGUAGAUGACAAGAACAAAGAAGUGGUCGAACAAUUAAAGGACAAACCACUCUUGUUAAACCGUUACGAAGCGCUCAAUGCCACUGCCAUUGACUCUGUAAGCCGUAGAAUCGAAGAUCCAAACAAGGUUGUAGACUUGGGCUCUGGCUUGAAAAUGUCACAGGAACAGUUGCUUGCUAUUGCUGCCGCCAGAGUCGCUCCUGUUCUCGCCAACAUCGACGAUGAAGUUAAGAAGACUAGAAGCGAAGACGAGAUCAAGAGACAACAAGAGAUUUCUGGCAAGGUCAAGUCGCAUGAGAAUAAGUUGCUUGCAGAGUUUGACAAACACGUCAGAAAACUCGGCAAGAAGAAGGAGAAGUUCGACAAGGAUAUUGACGACAAGAUCGCUGACAUCACUCGUCUCCAGAGGAAUGCCGAAAAGAACGCUCUUGAUUUCAAGACCCAAACUGAAGGUGAAAUCGAAACUGCCAACACUGAGUAUGCCGACAGAGAAGCCAAGGCUAUUGAGAAGCAUGGCGUAGAUCACGAGACCCUUCUCAAGAACCACGAGGAGUUAGAGGCCACCAAAAAACAGGAGUUGGAAGACGCUAAGCUCAACCAGGAGAAGACGACUACUGAGAUCGAAGAAUUACAGGAGAAAAAAUCUGGUUUGGAUAAUAAGAACUCUGAGUUGCUGACUCAGAUUGAAGAGCUCACUACUGCCUACAAUGCUGAGAUUGCCAGACUUGACGAGCUCAAGGCCAAGUUCACCGAGAAACAGGAGGCAGUUAGCAAGAAUUUGGCCACUAAGGACGAACUUGAUUCGAACAUCGCCAAGAGUAAACAGGCUGUUUCUGCAAAGAAGGAGUCUCACACGAAGCUUACUGCUGAGGUGGGCCUUCUUGCAGGAGCAUUAGCUGCUUAUGGGGCCAAAUUGGCUUCUUUGAAGGGCGACAGAGAAGUUCGUAGUCUGAGAUUAUCUGACGCCAAAAAGACUUUUGAAGACUGGACUGUCGAAAAGAAAGACAUUGCAGCUCAGGUUGCAAGAGAUCACGAAAAGCAGAGAAUUGAAGCCCAAGAAGCUGCUGAAACUAAGAGAAAGGAAGCAGAAGAGAGAGAAAGACAAGCGAAGAAGGACGCCGAAGAAAAGGAGCGCUUAGAAAAGGAGCAAGCUGAAUGGGAAGAAAAGGAGGGCCUUUUGAAGAAACAGGCAGAAAGAGAAGAAGCUGAACGUCUCAAGGAUGACCCAGAAUUCCAGAGACAGCAGAGACUCAAGCAGCGUGAAGAAGAGGAGCAGCAGUUACUUACUGAACGUGACGAAAUUGAGCGAAAGUACAAAGAGAGAAAGAGUCGUGAAGAUGCUGAGUAUGUACAACUUUUAGCUGAAAUCGAAGAGCUUAAAGCAAAGAAACAGGCUCAGAUUGACGCUGAAAAGCUUGAAGCCGAGAGAACUGCCCAGGCCAAGUUAGACGAAAUCGAGCGUUUGAAGGAAGAACACGAUGCCAGAUUGAACUUGUACAAGAAGAAGCUUGAAUUAGAAGAGCUCCAAAAGGACAGACUUCUUGAAGAGGUUGACAACUUGCGUAAGAUCAAGAAUUUACGAGAAGAGAAGUCUCGGUUGGCCAGCGAAGUCGCUAAACCUACAGAGCUUGACGACAUUCAACAUUUGAUCGAAGAAAGAGAAUUGGAAGUCGCGCGAUUGACCAAACAGAUCGAGUUGGACGACGACGAAUUGUACCGUUCGGUCAAGAAAGACGAGCAUAAGUCUUUUUUAGGGGUUAGCAAUGACUUGCCAGAAUCUGGUAAACGAGCCAUCCCUGAAGUAAGAGUUGAACCUGAAGUAGCGGCCGAGAAGCCCAUCUCUAAGAGUGCUGUUGUAGGAGGUGUAGCUGGAGUAGCUGGAGUAGCUGGAGUUGCGGCUGCUACUGCUGCUGCACUUGGAAACGGAGCUGUGGAUACUUCGAAAGCUGUAGGAAACGGAAGAACUGGAAGCUUGUCGAAUAAAAUCAAACACUUUGGAAGAAGAUUGAGUGGGUUCGGAGGCGAAAAAGAAGCAAAAGAACCUAAGAAAGAUGUGAAGGCAGGAGUCCAGAAGGUUUCUAAGAAGGAGCCUCUCGCUGCUGCUGAAGAUCCCUCCAAUCAUCUUCACAAGGUGAAAGAUGUUACUGAUCAAGAAAGAAAACAGUCUGUCACGAAGACUACUGCUGUAGUUGAACCGGAAUCUGACUAUGAUACUUAUUCUAUUUAUGAGGAAGUUGAUGAUGAAGAGUUCGAGGCUAAUAAAGGCAAUCCUGACUACUUUGAAGUCAACAGUGCUGAAUAUGCCAAACAUGUGAGGGCCUAAUAUGAUUGAUAUGAACGACUUUGAAGUUGUAGUUGAAAGUAACUUCUCAGCCGAUUUUGUUAUUUGAUAAGACCGAUUUUUUAUAUUAUAUACGUUUUGUUAUUAUUGCCGGUGCCAUUCUUCUACUAGUUUGGGUACUUUACACACUCUGUAUUACUUUGAAUAUACUAUGUGAGAGCUUUCUUUUUACUUGAAUACUGUUCUCAACUUUUGUAUCUAAUCUUCUAUUAAAUUUCUAUUAU